GCUGUGCGAUAUAAAGCGCGCGUACAGACAGGUCGCGCAAGAGCAACCCAUCGAAGACGAUCCGCAGCCACCAUUAUGCCCGUCACUCUCUACAACUUGCCAGGCAGCCCGCCCUGCGGCUUCGUGCGCACUGUCGGCAAGCACAUUGGUGUCGAUCUCAAUCUCAAGAACUUGGACAUGGCAAACAAGGAGCACCUCAGUGAGGAAUACCUCAAGGUAAACCCUUUUCACAAGGUUCCUGCCAUCGACGACGACGGAUUUGCUGUUUAUGAAAGCACGGCGAUUGCUUACUACCUGGUCCGCAAGUAUGCCCCUAAAUCCGAUCUGUACCCUGAAGACAUCAAGUCAAGGACCCGCGUAGACCAGGCUCUGGCCGCCCUCUCUGGCACUGUCCAUCCUCAGGCAUCAGUCUUCUUCCGGCCUCGCUUCUACUUGAAGACAAAGCCGACUGCUGAAGAAGUGACCGCAUACGAAGAAAAUGUUGUGACGGGUAUCCAGCAUCUCAUCGGGGACGGGAAGUACGCCGUCGGCGACAAGCUCACCCUCGCCGACCUUGCCAUCGUGUCCCACCUCACCCUUGCCCUCGAGAUCGACUGCGUUGACCACGCCAAGUUCCCGAAGCUGGUUAGCUACUACGAACGCAUGAAGUCCGAGCUGCCUUACUUCGAGGAAAUUUACAGACCUACCAUCGGCUACGUGAAGCAGCACUGGGCGUCGUUGGUAGCAAACCGGGCGCUGCAAGCCAUGACCAUCACUCUGUACAACUGGCCGGGCAGCCCGCCGUGCGGCUUUGUCCUCGCGGUCGCAAAGCAAGUGGGCGUUCAACUGGAUGUCAAGAACGUGAACCUGGCAAACAAGGAGCAACUAAGCGAAGAGUACCUCAAGAUAAACCCAUUCCACAAGGUUCCUGCUAUCGACGACGACGGCUUCAUUGUUUAUGAAAGCGCGGCGAUCGCCUACUACCUGCUCCGGAAGUACGCCCCCAAAUCUGACCUGUACCCCGAUGACAUCAAAUUACGCACCCACAUCGACCAGGCCAUUGCCGUCAUGUACGGAACCGCCCACGCCCAAGUGGCAGACUUUUUCCGACCUCGCAUACUUCUCAAGAAAAAGCCCAGCGCUGAAGAGCUGACUGCCUAUGAAGACAACGUCGUCAAGGCCAUCGAGAAGCUCAUCGGUAAUGGCAAGUUCGCCGUUGGUGACAAGCUCACCCUUGCCGAUCUCGCCAUCAUCCCCCAGCUGACACUGCCCCUUGAGCGAUGCCAUUACACGUUGUACAACCUCUGCGACAGCCCUCCGUGCGCCAUCGUACGCAUGCUGGCCAAGCACAUCGGCGUCGAUUUAGAAUUGAAGAACGUGGACCCUUUCAAGAAGGAGCAAUUUUCACCGGAAUACCUCAAGACUACUUGCGUACCUGUCUAUAGACCAAUCGACACCGGUGCAGCGAUGCCUUACACGUUGUACAACCUCUACGGCAGCCCUCCGUGCGCCAUCGUACGCAUGCUGGCCAAGCACAUCGGCGUCGAUUUAGAAUUGAAGAACGUGGACCCUUUCAAGAAGGAGCACUUGACACCGGAAUACCUCAAGCUGAAUCCCUUCCACAAGAUUCCUACCUUUUCUGACGACGGCUUCAUUAUAUAUGAAAGUACGGCUAUAUGUUACUACCUGCUCAGAAAGCACGCCCCCGAGUCCGAGCUCUACCCGAACUGCCCCAGGGCCCGCGCGCGUAUCGACCAAGCUCUGGCCACGAUUACCAGCACCAUCCAGCCUCACUACUUCAAGUUCUUUAAACCCCGCUUCUACGAGUUGAAGAAGCCUACUGCAGAGGAUGUGGAGCAGUUUGAGGAGAACGUGAUCAAGGGCUUCGAGCACGUGUUGGGAGAAGGAAACUACGUGCUCGGUGACAAGCUCAGCCUCGCUGACCUCAGCUUGGUCGCUCACCUCACGCUUGUCCUCGAGGUUCCUUUCCUGGAUGCUGAUAAGUAUCCGAAACUGAAGGCAUACUACAACCGCCUGAAGGCAGAAUUGCCGUACUUCGAAGAGGUGAACCGGGAAGGAAUCUCCGGCUUGAGUACUCUCAGCGCCAAUCUGAAAUAGGCGCCUCUGAC